AGAAAAAGAAAGAAAGAGAGUUGGGGAAAACACCCCUUCGGAGAGGAGCAAAAGCCUCUCCUGGGGAAGAACACGAUAUUCUUAUUUUGGUUUUUAAUCCAUAUUUUGACUUGGGAUUCUUGAAUUUCCACUGAUUAUCGAAAUUAGGGCUUUUAUUGAGUUUUCUGGGAAGAAAGAGGCAGAGGAAGAAGAGAGAAAUGUCAGACCUAGACCAGCAGAUAGAGCAGCUUAAACGCUGCGAACCUUUGAAGGAAUCGGAAGUGAAGGCUCUUUGCCUCAAAGCUAUGGAAAUUCUCGUUGAAGAGAGCAAUGUUCAAAGAGUCGAUGCUCCAGUCACUAUAUGUGGUGACAUCCAUGGACAGUUCUAUGACAUGAAAGAGCUUUUCAAGGUCGGUGGUGAUUGCCCUAAGACAAAUUAUUUAUUUCUUGGAGAUUUUGUUGAUCGAGGUUUUUAUUCAGUUGAGACAUUUCUACUUCUUCUAGCUCUCAAGGUUAGAUAUCCAGACCGUAUAACUCUCAUCAGAGGGAACCACGAGAGCCGGCAAAUCACGCAGGUAUAUGGAUUCUAUGACGAGUGCCUCCGUAAAUAUGGCUCUGUAAAUGUCUGGAGAUACUGCACAGAUAUCUUUGACUACUUGAGUCUGUCAGCUCUUGUCGAGAACAAGAUAUUUUGCGUUCAUGGAGGUCUCUCUCCAGCUAUUAUGACCCUAGACCAGAUCAGGACGAUUGAUAGAAAGCAGGAAGUGCCACAUGAUGGUGCAAUGUGUGAUCUUCUAUGGUCUGAUCCCGAAGAUAUUGUGGAUGGAUGGGGAUUGAGUCCUCGUGGUGCCGGAUUCCUUUUUGGCGGCAGUGUUGUAACGUCUUUUAACCAUUCAAACAACAUUGAUUACAUAUGCCGAGCUCAUCAGCUAGUUAUGGAAGGUUACAAAUGGAUGUUCAAUAACCAGAUAGUCACUGUUUGGUCUGCCCCAAAUUACUGUUAUAGAUGCGGGAAUGUAGCCGCAAUUCUAGAGCUCGAUGAGAAUCUUAAUAAGGAGUUUCGAGUGUUCGAUGCGGCCCCACAAGAAUCCAGGGGAGCUCCUGCCAAGAAACCUGCACCUGAUUAUUUCCUGUGAGACGCAAAACAGUGACAAACAGAAACUGGAACUCAGAAUUGGUUUCUUUCUUCUCAUCGCAGAGCAAAAAAAUUUCCCAAAAUCAUCGGCAUUUAGAUUGUAAAAUGCAGAAGAAUCUACAAUCCAGGUGUUGCCAUAGAUAUCACUACACAUUUCUUUAAAGGGUCUGUUUGAAAGUAUCCUGUUUUAUGAAAAGCCUUUGUUUCUUUUUCUCUUUUGUGUGUAAUGUUACUUUUACGAAAAGAAAAUGGAAAAAAGGUUUGU